CUUCUUCCUUCAAAGCAAGGAACAAUAUCAAUUUCACCAAUCUCACCGCGCCAAUCACACUUCGGAACAGGAAUUGAAGGACAGAAAAUUGCUUCAAGCAUUGGAACCAUGGAUUCGGCUUACUUUGUUGGCAGAUCUGAGAUUCUUUCAUGGAUCAAUUCCACUCUCCACCUCAAUCUCUCCAAAGUUGAAGAGUCUUGCUCUGGUGCGAUCCAGUGCCAGUUGAUGGAUGCGGUUCAUCCAGGGAUGGUGCCCAUGCAUAAGGUCAAUUUCGAUGCCAAAAGCGAGUACGAAAUGAUCCAGAAUUACAAGGUUCUUCAAGAUGUGCUUAACAAGCUCAAGAUCACCAAGCAUAUCGAGGUUAGCAAGCUUGUGAAAGGUAGGCCACUUGAUAACUUGGAAUUCAUGCAGUGGAUGAAGUGGUACUGUGAUUCCAUCAACGGAGGUGUUCUACACAAUUACAACGCUUUAGAAAGGAGAGAUGCCUGCAAGGGCGGGAAAGAAGCUAGCAAGAAAUCUGCAGCCUCUCAAUCUUCAGCCAAGAACUCAACAACUGGAUCAAGAUCACAUACCUCUCAUAACUCAAGAAGACAUGAAGCAACUUCUACUGUCAACUCUUCAAGUCAAUCAGGAAAAACUUCAAGGCCUUCCUCGAGCUGUGGAUCACCAGUAUAUGAUGAACAGAUCACAGAGCUGAAACUUUCAAUUGACAGCCUUGAGAAGGAAAGAGACUUUUACUUCUCAAAAUUGAGGGAUAUUGAGAUUCUGUGCCAGAGUCAUGAGAUACAGGACUCUAAGGUUGUGAGUGCAAUAAAGAAGAUUCUGUAUGCUGGAGAAGAUGAUGCAUCAGUGGUGGCAGAUGCUCAAGCAAUGGUGUCCAUGGCUACCCAGAAGGAAGCUGUGACAAGAACAGAAGGGAUUGCUGAUAAGAGAGAAAAUUUGGAAACUCAGAAGAGAAAAGUAAUUCAAAAUCUUGAUAUUGAUGCUGUUGGGAUUACAACAUUGUCACCCAGGCUGAGAAUUUCUGGUGUUUCUGAUGUUCAUUGCAGUGGGUCACACCUCACGAGUUACUGAUUAUGGAUGGAACUCUGAAACUUUCUUAUAUCAUUUACAGUACAAUUUUCUUUUGGGAGCUGAAAUCUGAAACUCUCUGUUUAAAUGGUUUGAAGUGCUGUAGAAUGUAUACUUAGACACAGACACACAAUUAAAGAAUGUUUUCAUGGGACUUCGGUAUAUAAGAGUUUUAUGGCAGUGGUUUUUGAAUGAGGUGUAUGUUCUCUUAGGG